AUGCGGCUAGCCUUCCUCAGGGCCCAAGCGAUGGGGCCUCCCCAAGGGCUGCUGCAGCAACAGCUGCUCGCCUUCUUAGGGGUGCUCCAACUGGAUUCACAUCUGAGAUGCCAGAAGUGUUGGGUCAGCAGCCCGCGGGUCCGACACCAGCCGGCGUUCCCGGGGUUACCACACCCCCUCGCCGGCGGGGAAACCAUACUCCUUACACGCCCGAGGUCGCCGCCCCCUCAACACGGCUCGCCCGGUCUCACGCACACGCCACGGGCCGGCGCCUCCCGGCACACGCGCGAAGGCCGGGCCCCGCCUCGCUCCCCACCGACUCCGCGGAGCGGCGACCACCGGCCUCAACUAGCCCCGGACCCCGGGCGCGCUCGGCCCGGUCCCCUCCCCGGCCCAGCCCCCGCUAGUCGGGGGAUCCAUUCCGCUGAACUCGCCCACUCGGAAGGGCGCGCCUUCGCCUCACUGCUCUACACCCGGGGGCAGCAGCGGUCGUACCGCUCACCUGGUUCGGGGGGCUCCUCCCUCGCUCUCGGCCGACUGAGCCGGGCUGGGGCCUUCGAGGAAGCGCGGGCCGCCGGGCGGCUGGAAGUGGGGGGAAGGAGAGGAGGGGGAGGGGGUCGGGAUACCGGGAGCCGCCUCCUUUCUCCUCCGCUGACCGCGGCUCCCGCAGGCUGGCCGGGCGUCCUCGCACACUCGCCCAGUUUCUCACAGCCUCGCGUCCCGUCAGCCUCUCCCUCACCCCACUCCCACACACUCUCACUCCCACACACUCACACCCGGCCGCUCCUCGUUCCCUCACUCGCCUGCCGCGCGCGCGCGACCCCGCUCACACACAGCGCGCGCGACGCCGGCGGAGACCGCCCCGCUCCCGCAGACCGAGCGCCACCCGCCCGCCCGCUUGCAGAGGACCGGCGCGCGCCCCGGCCCCGCCCUCCUGGCGCGGCGGCGCGGCGGCGCGGCGGCGCGGCGGGCGGGGGGCGGCGGCCGGAGCCGGGGGCCGGGCCAGCGCGCCGAGCACUGCCGAGUGGAUCUGACACCUGCGUCGAGACCCGCCCUCCCAGCUCCUCGCCCGCACCCGAGCCAUCGCUGGCCUCGGGGGAAGAGAGGCGAUGGAUCGCGCGCGGGGAGCGAAAAGGGAGCGCGAGGGCGCUCCGAGGACGCGCCUCCCCACCCGCCCCGAAACCGUCUUCACUGAGAAAGGGAAACGGAUGGGGGGGGCGAGGUUUGCUCCCAACUCGAAACCGCGAGAUUAGUCCCUUCCGUUGUACGCCCUCCCCGCCCUCACAUUCCCUGCUCAGGCCCCAUCCAUCUGCGCCUGGAGCCCCGACGCGAGCCCCCGACCCCCUCGGGCGCUGCCCACGUCCCGACGCCUCCCGCCCAGCCCUUCCGCCGGCCGCCGCCCGGAGUCCCCGCUUACGGUGGUUCCUCCCUCCGGAGAAAAAAAGAAAGGGCUACAGACGACCUCCCAGGUUUACAUGGAAGAUUCACUUCCAAAUAACUUCGGUCACCAGAGACACCAGGUGUGUGAGGUACAGUAAUGUGCUCACCAGUUUGCCUUCUUGCUGGUCUCAGCCGUCUCAGUGACCUCAGCUAACAACUUUUCACUGCUCC